AUAUAUAUAUGAGGCAAACCUCCUCAAGUUCGAUACACCAGCUGCUGCUACGUACUUCUGAGCUUUGAUCUUAAAAAGCUAAAGAUGAUCAACCCAUAUAAAAAGAUGCAUGGGGUGUUCUCAAUGACCGUAAUAUGUUGGUGGUUGACGGUGGUUGUUGCAGACCCACAGAUCAAUCUGUUACAGACUGGAUGCAGCCCAUUGAACGCGUCCAACGAGUCGGCCUUCUAUUCUAAUCUAAACGCCACCUUCUCGAAGCUCAGAGCACAGCUGAACAACAACGACAAAUUCGCAACUGCAGAGCAAGUUACGGCUCCGGCGGCCUAUAUAAAUGCGAUUGUGCAGUGCAGGAACUACUUAUCUAGUCCUGACUGCCUUGCUUGUUUCACCGCCGCCAUCUCUCAAAUAAUCCGCAACUGUUCCGCAGCCAACGGUGCCCGCAUCACGUACGAUGGCUGCUUCCUCAGGUACGAGAGCAGCAGCUUCUACGACCAAACCACUCAACCUGGUAAUAAAGGGGAUUGUGGUAAUCAAACUACAUCGCAGCCUAAUGCUUUUAGUGCUGCGGUGAAAGAAUUGUUGGUAGAUCUCCAAGUUGCAACGCCUAGGAUUAAGGGUUUCUUUGCAGCGAGCAAGAAGGAAGUGGUUGGUGGUGAUGGUAACGCAACAGUGUAUGCUGUGGCACAGUGUGUCGAAACAGUUAGUGAAAAUGGUUGUCGGGAUUGCUUGACAGUUGCGUCUACCAAUGCAGAACUAUGUCUUCCUAAUGCGGCUGCUCGGGCAGUUGAUGCUGGGUGUUUCAUGAGGUACUCAAAAACGCCCUUCUUUGCUGAUAACCAAACUACUAAUAUACUGCCCUUCUUAAGAAAUGGAAGUUCAAGCAAGAAGAAAGCCAUUAUUGCAGGAGUAGUUGGGGGUGUCGUAGGUGCUAUUCUCAUUAUAGCCUUCUUUGUCUGGUUUACAAUACAAAGAAGGCGCAAGCCAGUUAUUCGAGGUGACAUAUUAGGGGCAACUGAGUUACGAGGCCCAGUGAAUUACAAGUACAAAGAUUUGAAAGCUGCAACAAAAAAUUUCAGCAAAGAAAACAAACUGGGAGAAGGAGGUUUUGGUGAUGUAUACAAGGGUACUCUGAAAAAUGGGAAGAUAGUUGCAGUGAAGAAACUGGCAAUAGGCCAAUCCUCAAGGGCAAAGGCAGAUUUCGAGAGUGAAGUGAAGCUUAUAAGUAAUGUUCAUCAUCGGAAUAUGAUCCGUCUUCUUGGGUGUUGUACCAAAGGGCCAGAACUACUUCUUGUCUAUGAAUACAUGGCAAACAGCAGCCUCGAUAAAUUCCUGUUUGGUGAAAGACGAGGGUCUCUCAACUGGAAACAAAGAUAUGAUAUAAUCUUGGGCACAGCUAGGGGUCUUGCUUAUCUACACGAGGAAUUUCAUGCAUGUAUCAUACAUAGAGAUAUCAAAACCGGCAACAUUCUUCUAGAUGAUGAUUUCCAAGCCAAGAUUGCAGAUUUCGGGUUAGCAAGACUUCUACCCGAGGAUCAAAGUCAUCUCAGCUCCAAAUUCGCAGGAACAUUAGGGUAUACGGCACCUGAAUAUGCAAUCCAUGGGCAGUUAUCAGAGAAGGUAGAUAUCUACAGUUUUGGUGUCGUUGUUCUUGAGAUUAUAUGUGGCAGAAAAAGCAGCGAGGUGAAGAAUGAUCCUGACGGCGAGUACCUUCUUGAACGGGCAUGGAAACUGUAUGAGAAUGACAAGCACCAAGAGUUGGUGGACGAAACCUUAGACCCAAACCAGUAUACAAUAGAAGAAGUGAAAAGAAUUAUAGAGAUUGCUCUGUUGUGCAUUCAAUCAUCACCUGCAUUGAGGCCAUCAAUGUCUGAAGUUGUCGUUUUACUUAAAAGCAAAGGGCCAGUGGAGCGUCAGCCACCAAGCACGCCAGCCUACGUUGAUUCUCAGAAGACAGUUAAUGGAGACACAUCCACUUCAACUCCAUCAUCUACAUCUAAUGCCACUGUCUCUACCUCUCAGUCUCAGGUCUCGGGUCGCUAAUUAACAUAAAAGAUAUCUUAAAUUCUCUAGUGUCACUUCUGUGUGUAAAGAUUGAUAUAUAGCUUCCUUUAUUAAUUUGAGAUUGUGUCUGCACGGACUUUAAAAGUUACUUUUAGUAUUUAA